AUCAGAAUGAUCCAAAACGCUCGUAACCUUGAAGACAAAAGCUUUAAUGCAGAAGUCAGAACUUGAUCAUACUCGUAACCGAAUUUUUGUUCCGUAUCCAACAUAUUCGUGUUGAUUUGUCGUUUUCUAACAAAUCAUGUCCCCGAAGUCAAAGUCCUCAUCAGAUCGUCGACAAAUGACGAAGAAGCCGCCCGCGGGCGCGGAACCGGAAGCAGAUGAAAGAACAGGAGAGCAGCUGCCACAACCCUCACCUAGUACCACUACCAGUGCUGCAACCACCACGACAACUAUUUCCGCUGUCGCUCGCGAUAGCCACGAGAACGGCCAUGAUCUGAAGGAAGGAGAUCUACAAGCCUUGCGGGAGACCUCGAAAAUGCCGUCUGAGGUUGAUUUCCAGCAAGCAGGAACGACUGCGCCGACUUCCUCCUCCGACGUAAAUCUUGAUUUGCUUAGUAUGCAGGCAAUUAAAACCACGUCCACAAGCAUUUUGGCAAACAACGUGACCAGCAACGAGGCGAUCAGCUGUUCGAGAAGUGCUGAACUGAGGAAGAAUAACGCUGUUGUAAUCGGUCCGAGUACAACAUCAAACAAGACAGCCACGGACCCCAAUAUGCAGAGCCUCGAACAGCAAGAGCAGCGACUCGAAGUAGACGAUGCGGUAGGUGUAGUCACAAGAACCGCGUUAAACAGUGUUGUGUCCAGUGCACCGACUGGCACCUCAGCUGCUGCUGCGCCAACAGUCACCACAAAUCCCGGCCCGCACUAUACGCAAUCCGAAGCCUACCACUACAGGCAGCGGAUCGCUGAGUACAACAAAAACCGCUGUUGGUGUUUCCGCUACACAACCUGGACACUGUACGACGGGAGGAAGAGGACCUGCUUCGGUUUCAGAAAAAGUCGGGUCGGCGGUAGUACAACUACCGCAGAGGGACAAGAACACCAGGAGGACGGUUCUAGUUCAACUACAUCCUCUAGCACUUCUUCACAGACUCGACCGAGAAGGGAAGUGAAAAUCAUCGAAGUGCAAAAUUAUCUACUAAUCUCCAGCAUCCUCUGCAUCCUCGCGCUCCUCUCCGUCGUUUUGUUUAUCCCGCUCGGGAUUCAGCAGGUGGUGAACCGGUCUAGCGUUUCCAUCCUCAGCAUGUCGUUGACCUCCCCCUCGCUGACCACGAUGAAGCUCGCGUCUGUGAUGCAACUGCACCCCUCUGUCAGUGGCUUGUCCGUAUCAACUGUAAAAAUGUCUGGGUCUGGAAGAAUCCAACUUGUCAUGCUGAUUUUGGAUUCCAAAAAAGUCUGUAUUGCAUGAGCAACAAGGAGAGUCCAAGUUUUGCUACACGGAAAGAGCAUUUGUCAUGCGGUGUAGGCAUUGGGAACCCUCACAAAAUCUGUGAUGCUAGGGCAUGCAUCACAGACAUCAGGAGUCAUGCAAAAUGUUCAUGACAAACCUGGCAAUCUUCCAGACCCAGACAUUUUUACAUUUGAUAGUCCGCGACGCUGGACGGAUUUGAAGUGACCAUGCGGCUUGCGAGGAACGAACGCGGGAGCUCGCAGCAAUUAUCGGAAAAGAUAAACAGGAGGACAACCACGCCAAAAGACGACAAGGACGAAAGCGACGCCAUCGGUACGUUUCAACAGCCGUCCAUCUACCUCUCCGGCGGCCCGGGGGCAAUCGAGGUUCCAGUGGAAUCCAACUUCACGAUUACCAACCAGGAGAACAUGGUGAAACUCGGCGCGUUGCUUUUGGCCUCGAAACGACUGAAAAUCCGGGUCACCGGGGCGACGAGAUAUCGGAAGAAAAAAGUGUUACAGUUACACAUUGUGUUGCAAGACCGGCAACACAGAUAACCUUUCUCAUGCAGGAAAUGCUUGGGAGCCUCGUCUCCUUCCUGUUUUCCCUUAUGGUCUUCGCAUUACAAGCUUUCCUUGCCACACAGAGGAAAUUUGUGAUGCAGAAACUCCAGCAAAUGUGUGACUGUAACACUUUUUUCUCGUGAUACGAGAGUAAAAAAGUUCAACGGCUGGGUGAAUUACGGUGUCGCGUUCGACUAUGGAACUGUCAGGAUCGAAAUCGACAAAGUUGAAAUGAUUUGCCAUGUAUAGAAUGGAUACCAUAUGGAGCCCAGUUUCCAAGUGGCGCAUGACAAAUUUUGGCGGUGCCUAAAUCCAGUCUGUAAUGCUCUUGAGGCAAAGGAGAUUGAUUCUUUCAUGCUGCUUUAGCAGCUCGAGCUCUAGCCCCAAACAGGCUCUCAAUCGGCCUCUGCUGCCUGCUCUGCAACACACGCGCUUCGCGUCAUGUAUUUUAUGCAUAUACAAGUUAUUUCAACUCUGACGAUUUCGAUCCUGGCGCUUCCAUAUCGACCAAACUGUGGAGCUUGUCGGGCUGAAUCACUUGAAAAACGUGAUCGAUUUGAAAACCUUCGAGUUGCCCGGGGAGGUAGAGAUCGAUGAUUAUCCACAGAAAAAAAACCAUCCACAUCCAAUUUGUCAUGCAAAACACGUAUAAAAUCAUGUGCUUGUCAUGCAAAAAAUGGAUGUGGUUGGGUUUUUUUCUGUGGAUAAUGAUGGGGAAGAUGAUACAAGUGCAACAAGUUCUAGCUCAGCAUCAACAAGUUCAAGUCGGGGGACGAGGAGCAAGAAAAAGAAAAAAAAGGUGCUCUCCGUGAAAGCCUCCGCGGACAUCAACAACCCAACGAAUUACACCUUGGCGCUCGGAUACAAGCUGAAGCUGCAGUGCUUGUACAAGAAUACGUCCAUGUCUUAUGUGGAAUUGGAGAACUUCACCCUGACCCCCGGUAUCACCAAGAACGUGACCGUGACCGGAAUCUUCAACCCGGAAAAUCUAGACGUCGCGGCGGAUUUUCUAGCCGAGUUUGUGAACGGGACUGGUAAGGAGACGACUAGUAGCACUCCUGGAGGGGGUAUUGCUUCAUCUUCGAGUGAUGAUCGUCAUCACGAGGCAGACCUUAAUCUUGUGGCCGACCCCGACGCAGAAAAGAUGCAUAGCCAAGCCCGUGCGUUGCCCCCGCGAAGAAGCACGUCAGGUGCAGGACAACAACUUCAAGGACCAGCAGGCCACCAGCUAGACGCUGAUCCGAGCGAAAGCAAGGUCUUCCUCGAUGCGAAGGGCGUUUCGAUAUGCAGCGCAAAAGCAUCGCACUGCUCGUAUAAAUGCAUGACAAAUUUCCUCAGCGCGAGAAAUAAAAUUUGUAAUGCUGAUUUACCUCAAGAAAAAAGUAAUGCAUGAUUGCAAUACGAGUGCCGUACGAUACUUUUGCACAGGAUAUUCGAUCACCUUUUACAACGAAACUGCGGCGAAAAUAGGAAAAGACCCGGAGUAUAAAAUUCCCUGGUUUUCAAAACUCGUAGAAUCCAUGACGAGUUCCACGGGCUUAACAAAGGUGAACGGGCGCGAGUUUGUGCAGGGCGUGAACAUAACCGAAAUCGGGUUCAACGUGCCGGGUGGGGUGGACAACUUGUCCGCUUUUGGAGAGUUGCAAAUCAACUUCAAAAUUCCCUUCGCCAAGUUCGACUACGCCAUCACCAACCUCGGCGCGAACAUGACGGUGCGGCUGAAAUCGGACGCGGUCAACGCGGUCGCGGAAAUGCCCCUGACGAAAAUCGAGUACCUUCCAAACAAAACCGAUCAUAGCGGGGUCCUGAAGAUAAAAAUGCCGUCCUCGAAGGUGCAACUGCAGAACGUCACGGCGUUCAACAAUCUCAUCUACAGCAUCUACAACGAGAAAUCUGUCGAGUUGGAGUUGGGCGGCGUCGGGUCCGCCACCAUGAGCUCCUGCUUGAGCAGCAAGUGGCAGCUGCACAGCAUUCCGCUUCUCGUGCAAACAAAAAUUCAGGGGUGGAACCGGUUCGCGGGGAAUGGGGGGAUCAAAGUGAAAGACAUCGACAUCCUGCCCGAGUUCACUGAUGAGCACAACGUGAACGUCGCGGCGACCAUCGAAUUGGAGAACCAAACGCCGCUGUCUGCGAAACUCGGGUUUCUCCCCGCGCAUUUGAUCGUGACGAAUGAGGACUAUCCGUUGAAAGACGGAAGUGUCUCGCUGGGCACCGUGCAGGCGUACGAGGUCGGAUUGAAGAGUUGGUCACUGAACAGGAUCCGGGGCAAUAUUGUCGUGGACAAAAGAUCGAAUGGAACGUGGCCACACGGCGUCGACGAGAGAACACGACCUAGCGCUAGCAUGAGGAGCAUCACAGCUCCACGACCCGGCUUCGACGUUUAUCAACAAGGUCAUGAAAAUCGAAAUCUCAUGCUGCGUGACCACGUGCAGAACCUGGUCAAAACAGCACUGCAGAACACAGGAGUACUGGAAACGGGAGGACCAGCGCAAGCUCUGCAGCUACAGUCUAUUCCGAGGAUGUUCCUGCCUCCGACACCCACGACCUUAAGUGGGCCUGUUUCUGCUGACCACACAGGAGCUGAGGGCGGUCAACUUCUUCCCUCGUCCACGUCGGCUUUUGCAGAAGCUCCGGCCGCUGCGGCGUCGGAGUAUCACCGGAGUAGAUUGCCUCCACCUUCAGCGACAGCGCUUCCGGCGGCCUCCGCCUCGGCCUCCAACAUUGGAGGUAUUAUUUCGAAUGGAAAUAGCAAUAGCAAGCCACUAUCAACAAGAUCCAAAGACGUGAUUACCCCGGUCCUCGAAAAGAUGCUUGGCAUGCACCUGAGCAACAGAACCGUGACCAACGCCUUCGCCUGCGGCGCCUACGAGAAACUGUGGCAAAAUCUCACCUUCCUGCAACCGGUCACGAAAAAACUCACCGAUAUCUCGGUUUCCGUUCCCGGGCAUGAGAAAAAUUUGCUCUCCUGGAUUCAAGUUCUCUUAGGUCCGCAGGUCAUUUUCCUGAAGUUGCAGGCGUUACUGACGAUAGAAAACACGUUCUCUUCGGCGCUGGUAGUGAAGAAUGCGUACGGCUUGGUGUAUGUGGGGGACACCCAGGACCUCCUGUUCGGGAGCGUCAACGUGUCCUUCGUGAACGCGACCUCAGCCGGUUGGUACAUCCCAGCGAAGAAAAACGCGACGUCAGAUCCGAUUUGGGGCCAAAUUUUGCUGCAAGAGUGCGUGACGCACCCGAUCACCUGCGGGAAAGUGUUGCAGCAGCUGAUCGGGAACACUUUGGCCACGUUGUCCGUCGAGUUGACUGCCGCAGUGGAGGGGAAGUUUGAACUGACGGUGAACGCCACGGAGAAAAAUGUCCCGAUGAGCCUGCAUCAGAAGGCGAGAAUGGUGAUAGGCGGAUGAGGGGAAAAAGUUGAAAAAAUUAAAAUGUUGAAGGAGGCGUAGUUUUUGAUAAAUGAAGAUUCAAUUCCAUGUUCGAAGAUAGAAUCAAGUCCAUAAUGAUGAAAUGUUGUUCGCUACAAAUUUUGUGCGUAGCGCGCUUGAAGUUUUGAUGACCAUUCUUAUCUUUUGCUAAGUAUUGAACGGAACGCUGCAAGGUCGUUCCUUGUGAUCAUGCGGUGCCGCAGUCGCAGAGACGAAUCGAAAAAAAGCCGAAGCGAUUUUUUGUCGUGGUGACUAGUGUAAACUAUCGUCUGAUGAAAAAGAAACUUUGAGCACGCAGUCCUCGCAGUUUACUAAACGUCUUUGACCAGCGAGCGUAGAUGUACCUACGAGAAAAAAGAAAUCAACAAAAAGGAAUGCCACGUCGGCGGUUCCCAACCUCAACCUGAUUCUGAUUUAUGUAUGAAUCUAGUAGCCCC